UCUGGGCAUAUAAUAACGAGAAGCGUAAGAAAUCGGCGACAAAAAAAAUUCUCCGUUUUCUGUCACCAAAUCUUGGUUUUUUCGGGCAGGCUGCAAACUACUGCUCGACGUGCUCGUACGAUCGAGCUGAAUUCCACCAGCUUGCUCCUCCUACCCAAGAAAUGGGCUGCCUACGCCUGCUGUUCCAGGACAGACGGAGGCGCAAGACACGGCCGGCGCCGACAUCCCCGGCAGCAGCUGCCUUCAACCACAACGUGCCCGUGCCAUCCGUCGCUGCCUCAAGCGCGUCGCCAGCCUGCAGCGCCACUGCGACGAGCCCGUCCGAGGCCUCCGGCGGCGCGAGGGCGGCGUCCAGCAAGUCCUCGUGCACGGGGUCGUCGCCGCGGAGCAUCCCGGAGCUGUACGAGGAGAGGGGCGCGCGCACCCUGCGGGAGUUCGGCCUCCGGGAGCUCCGCGGCGCCACGGCCGACUUCAGCCCGCUACUCAUGGUCGGCGAGGGCGGCUUCGGGUGCGUCUACAGGGGCGCCCUCCGCCUCCCCGGCGGGCACCCACACGGCACCGCGGUCGCCGUCAAGAGGCUCAACCCCAACGGCGGCCAGGGACACAAGGAAUGGCUGGCCGAGGUCCACUUCCUGGGCGUCGUCGACCACCCGAACCUGGUCAAGCUCGUCGGCUACUGCGCCGCGCAGACUGAUCAAGGCCCGCAGAGGCUUCUGGUCUACGAGUUCAUGCCGAACAAGACGCUGGACGACCACCUGUUCAACGCAGCGCAUCCUGUUCUCCCAUGGGACAUCAGGUUGCAGAUAGUACUGGGUGCCGCGCAAGGGUUGCUCUAUCUCCAUGAGGGCCUUGAGCUUCAGAUCAUAUACCGCGAUUUCAAGGCUGCAAACAUACUGCUGGAUGAGGAGUUCAGACCCAAACUGUCGGAUUUUGGAUUAGCAAGAGAGGGGCCAUCAGAAGGUCAGACCCAUGUUUCUACAGCGGUCAUGGGAACCUACGGCUAUGCGGCUCCAGACUAUGUCCAGACGGGGCAUCUCACCACCAAGAGCGACGUCUGGGGCUUCGGAGUGGUACUCUACGAAAUCCUCACAGCUAGACGCUCGGUAGAGAAAAAACGCCCCAAGAACGAGCAGAAGCUCCUCGAGUGGGUGAGGCGGCACCCUGCCGAGAGCGAGCAGUUCGGCGACAUCAUCGACGCAAGGCUUGAAGGCAGGUACUCCAUGAGAGGAGCAAGAGAGAUCUCCAAGCUAGCCGACAGCUGCCUUGCGAAGUAUGCCAAGGACCGCCCCGCAAUGGUGGAGGUGGUUGAGAGGCUGAAGCAGGCAAUGCAGCACAAGGAGCUGGACGGACACGAUGUCCGUGCAAUGGAGGAAAGUUCGGUUCUUCAAGAGACACCGGCUGCGCCUAUCAUGGAGGAUGCGGAUGUGGUGUCAGCGAGGCGGCGGAUGCUUCAUUUGGCUGCCCUAGGUGAGAACGCAAAUGCUCGUGCCAGGAGAAGACUAAUGCUCAUCAGGGCUGCUGCUGCUGCUCCAACGUGAUACUGCCAUCGUUGAUGCUCUUGACUUUGAACAUUUUUUUGUUUUUUUCUGGGAAACAAAAAUCCCAUUGAUUUUGUUGUUUUGUUUUUUAUAUACCUUUUUCUUUCUUCUAGGAUAUCAAAUUUUGUAGACUUGAUAAUAAUAUCCCCUUGAUAAUGAUAUAUCAGCAUCCGAGGUGCCCUAGCCCCCUACAA